UGGUACUGCUUUAAGAAAAUGCUUACUUACAUUUGCUGUCAUUAAACCCAACUUAUUACUCUACUCUUAUAAAAUGUUUUUUUAAAACUUCACCCAAGUGUACUAAUUAUCAAAUACUAUUAAAAAUAGCUCAAUGUGUGAGGUUUUAUUGAUAAAAUGUCUAUCAGAAGUUAAAAAUAUUAAAUUCGAUGUAAAUGUUUAUCACAAUGAAGAAGAGAAAAGCAUGUGGUGUAAACAAAACAAUUUGUAUCAUAAAAAAAUGGGGUGAAUAAAAUGUAUUCAUUGUAAAUUAUAAUAUUUAGAAUCAGAUACUUGAUUAAGAAGAAAAUUUUGUAAAAAAGUUAUUUUACUAAUAAAGUGUGGAAACGUGAUUAUAUUUCAUUUGUAUGUCACGAAUCAUGGAUCAACAAGAAGACUGUACGAUGAGAAGGCAGCAACAGCAGCCUGUUCGUCGUUUUCAAAACGCAUAUAAAAAAGAAAAUUACGUUUUACCCCAUCUCCAAGCAUCUAAAGUAGACAAUAUUAAUCAACAUCCGAGUGUUCCUCAAAAAAAAAUACGGAUAGCUGUGUACUUAAUGUCUGGAGUACUUCUGACAAUGGAAGUAGAACGAAACGUGUCUGCACAACAUAUUUUAUCAAUCGUACAAUCAGAAGCAGAAUUGGGAUUGUCACGAACACCUCCAGUUAAUGGUCAGGCUGUCUUUGCCAUGUGGAUGUGCUCAUCACAAUUGGAGAUACAGCUGAGGCCGAAUCACAAACCUAUUGAACUUGCUGCUAAGUGGAAUAAGUUAUUAAAUAAAUACGGGUCAAAAGAAGGGCAGAGUGAUGACGAACCUCUGCUUUACUUUAGAAGAAAUGUUUUCUUAUCACGCAAAGAUGAAGAAAUGAUUAAAGAACCAAAAGUAUUAGAGUUAUUAUAUGCGGAGGCGAGACAUAAUGUGCUUGAAGGAAGGUAUCCCUGUGAAGGACAAGCUAGAUAUGCUAGUUUAGGAGCACUUCAAGCACGAAUAGAACUUGGGCCCUACAAUGCACAAACUCAUACAUUAGCAUACUUUAGAAAACAUCGAGCAAGAUUUUUACCUCAUCAUUACACAUCACCAAGUCUUCUUCUAGGCUUGGGGUUUGGUUUGGGUCUCGUGGGUGGUAAAGGUGCGCCUGAAGCUCGGCUUCUCGAGCAAUAUAAACGAAUACCAAACCAUUCAGGAACAAAUCCAAACUCUAGAAAGUUAGUAAGAAAAUAUCUCGAAUUUUGUUGGGGUUUACCUUGUUAUGGAGCGGCAUUUUUUCAUGGUCAAAUAGAACGACCUGUUCGAGGAUUAGCGUCGUGGAUCACCAACCGAGAUCAAGCAAUUCUUAUUGCUAUAAAUACGACGGGAGUUUAUAUUGUUGAUGAUACUCAAUGUAGUUUAUUGUUGGGGUUGAAAUACUCAGAGUUAAGUUGGGAAAUGGCUAAACCUUCAGAUGAAAGUAACUCCGAUUGUUUGCCAUGUCUUUUUCUUCAAUUUCCCGUUCGAGAAAAUGGUGCACGUGUUUAUAAAAUACUACAAGUAUUUUCUCGACAAGCAAUAAUGAUGGAUACAUUGAUUUCGGUAUUUGCUGAAGAAAGCCGCCACACUGAAGACAAUGUAGAUGCAACAAAUCAGAAUCGAACAGAAGGCUCUGUGAUAAUGAAUACCUGUAGUUUUACAAAUAAACUCAGUAAAUUUACACUGGCAACUUUUGACGACCAAGGUCGUUGUAUCGGACAAAUGGGUUCGUGGUCUUUUCAAUGAUAUUACACCCUAUUCUCUUGUGCACAAGUGUUCAUGACCAAAUUUAAAUAUAGAAUAAUCGUGAUAUUAAUAAAAAAGACUUUCCGCGAGAAUGUAUUUUCAUCGAAAUAAAAAAAUGACUAUAAAAAUCAGUGCUAUAAAUUUUCAACAGACAAACUUACUCUUAUUACUUAUUCAGCAAGAGAAUCCA